AUGGAUCCUCCAUCACCCUCUUCAUCCGAUGAUUCAAUCGAUCUCGAAGACGCUAUUCUUAGUACCGUUGCUUUGACGGUUACUACUAUGAUUCAAGCCGCGGAAGACGAGGAAGAUCAACUUUCGCCUAGAAGAAGAACGGUUCUGGAACGUCGACGUGAAGAGGCAUACGCGCGAUUGGUCCGCCUUUACUUUGUCGAGCGCCCCGUAUUUGGCUCGAGAGAUUUUAGACGGCGCUAUCGUAUGAGCAAGCGGCUAUUUUUGAGAAUUACAAAUGAUUUAGAAGAAAGGUAUCCAUAUUUUCAACAAAGAAUGGAUGCUCGUGGGAAGCUGGGUUUCAUGCCGAUACACAAGACUACCUCCGCGCUUCGUCAAUUAGCAUAUGGGUGUAGCGUCGACUUGUUUGACGAGCAUUUGGAGAUGUCGGCUAGGACUUCCCGGGAGUCGCUAAUUUAUUUUUGUAAAGGUAUAAAUGAAUUGUAUGGAACGACAUACCUACGGAGACCUACAUCUAUGGAUCUUGAGCGAAUAUACGAUGUGCAUGAGCAGCUUCAUGGUUUCCCUGGUAUGAUCGGUAGUAUUGAUUGCAUGCACUGGCCAUGGGAGAUGUGUCCAACCGCAUGGCGCGGUUCGCACACCAGAGGGGAUGUUGGUAGACCAUCAUUGAUGCUUCAGGCGGUUGCGUCUACUGACUUGUGGAUUUGGAAUGCAUAUUUUGGUCAGCAGGGGUCCAACAAUGACAUCAACGUGUUUGAGGCGUCCCCAGUCUUGGAAGAAAUUAUAUCUGGCAUGGCACCUACAGAUGGCAUCUACCCUGAGUAUUCCACAUUUGUGAAGACUUUUACUGACCCGAUUGAUGAAAAGAGAAAAUACUUUAAGAAAAAACAAGAAUCGGCGCGAAAGGAUAUCGAGAGAGCAUUCGGGGUUCUUAAAAAGCGUUGGAAAGUUGUUAGUUUUCCCUCACGGUUUUGGGACAAGCAGAGGAUGCAUGACGUGAUAUACGCGUGUAUCACCCUACAUAACAUGAUAUUGGAGGAUGAAGAUAAAGCUUUUUGUCAAAACUUCAACGAUGAAGACCCGACACUAGACCCGGCGUAUUGGGAACAACAAACUUCAAUGGAGCAACGGAUCGCGAAUUCACAAGCCGUACGAAAUAGCCAAACCCACAACAUGCUCUCAGCGGAUUUGGUAAAUCAUCUUUGGGAAAACAAGAGAGGAAAUCAUCCACCAUACGUGCCGCUGGAAGUCGAUGACUACUUUAGCGAUGAUGAUUAG